UAGAGAGGACGUCAUUCCAGAGAAGAGAAGACUUCCACCGUCUCGUUGUCGUCGCUGUGGUAAUGAAGAAGGCUGGUGCGUUCGCCGCGUCCAUCGCGGCCGCGUCUGCCGCCGCUCUUGCCGCCGCAACGUCCGACUGUCGCGACGCCUGCUCCAUCCCUCCAUCCAAAGAGGGUUCUGGAUCGUCGAGGAUGAGAGAUACCGCGGGAGCGGGGUCCGGAAAGGGUGCUGAUAACAAAUUCGCUCCGAGAUUCGACGGGCUCAGGUUCAUCGAGACCCUGGUGACGGCGCAUCGAUGAUUUCCUCCCGUUUAGGCGAUGGCUGCAGCCCUCUUCCCUGCGUUUAUUUCCUUUCUUUUUCAUUGUUAGCGUGGGAUUGCUACCAGUUUUGUUUCGAAGGAAUGGUGAUCCUUUUUCCGUGAUUUAUUUUUCUUCUGGAGUUCGAUCCAAAUGCUCAUCGGCUUUAGGUGGCUAAUUAUGUUUUAUUUAUGCUC